CUCUCUUUUCGAGCUCUAUUCACACAAAGUUUACGCACGUUUAUGUACGUAGGUGAAAUGUAAAGCCUAGGACGUUACUCCACUAAUCUCACUCGGGGCCCGAUGGAGUCGCUGCAAUCAGCUGUGCAUCAUAUCUUGUUAUGAUAAACAAGUAAUGAACGGCAAAACCACAUAAUUAAACAAUGGAAGGAAUGCUGCAUAAGUGGACCAAUUACAUAAGUGGUUGGCAACCUCGUUGGUUUGUGCUUGAUGGAGGAACGUUGUCUUACUAUGACUCCCAAGAAGAUGCCUGGAAAGGUUGCAAGGGCAGCAUUAAGAUUUCAGUAUGUGAAAUCCAAGUUCAUUCCUCUGACUCUACACGAGUUGACCUGACCAUACCAGGAGAGCAGUACUUUUACCUCAGAGCCAUCAAUGCAGCAGAGAGGCAGAAAUGGCUGGUGGCACUGGGAACAUCCAAAGCUUGCCUUACAGACAACCGAACAAAAAGAGAGAAAGAGCUCCACGAGAACACAGAGGCACUGAAAACUAAGAUGUCAGAACUCCGAUUGUACUGUGACCUUCUUCUACAACAAGUCAACAAAAUAAAGGAGAAUGAUGAGCUAGCAGACACAGCGGAGACCGGAAUAGACACUGGAAACAUGGUAAAGUCUACAUGCACCACCUUUCUUAAGACUCUGGAGGAAUGCAUGCAGAUAGCAAACCGUUCUUUUAGUACGGAUAUGGCAACACAGAGUCCACCAGGGUCUCCUCCAGUAGCAGCCAUCAAACCUCAGAAGAUUAAACCUGUCAAUCAUUUAAACCACAACCUUGGAGAAAAAUGGAGAGAUUUGUCUGAAUCCUCAGGAGAAGCAAUUGCACAUGACAACCAGAGCCUUGACUCUGGAGUAGAAGGGCCAGAUGAGCCAGAUAGACCAGAACAACAUCCUUCCCCAUCAGACAUUGAUGCGGCCAACAGCAUCAGCUCAGUCGCCGAGGGGGGAGUCGAUCCUCAGUUACACACUACCCAGAAUACCUCUGAGAUUGAACACUACGACCAACCAGCAGAGGGGGACGAGGAAAACGAAGUUGACGAUCAAAAGGAGACAAAAGAAGAGCAGAAGCACAAAGCGGACCAAAAUCACGGAGAGCAGGACAACAACAACAAGGAAGCGAACGCUGUCCAGCCUCGGCACCAACAGGAAGCUGUCCCAGACCAAGAAGAGGCUCAACAGGAGGGCCAGACUUCCAGAGAUUCAACAGAGCCAGAAGACACCGAUCAGGUGGAAACUUUCUUCAGCACAAUGAGUCACAGAUUUAGUGAUAUAAGACUGGACGACGACAAUGGUAUCCCUACACAAGAGUUUUUGGACUCAUGCUAUGCAAUAGUACCAGUAUUAGACAAGUUGGGAUCCACUGUGUUUGCACCAGUUAAAAUGGAUUUUGUUGGAAAUAUCAAGAAAAUUCACCAGAAGCUGAUGUCGGAGCCUGCCAGCUUCCCCACACUACAGUCCAUCGUGCUGCAUGAAGUCCAGACAGAGAAUUCCCGGGUGCGUAACUCGGCCACCGAGGCUCUGCUGUGGCUCAGACGGGGCCUGAUGUUCCUCAAAGAGUUUCUGUCGGAGGUCAACGCAGGAGAGCAAGACAUCCACGGAGCGCUAAAUAACGCCUAUGGAAAGACCCUUCGGCAGUACCACGGAUGGGUUGUGCGAGGCGUUUUUGCUUUGGCACUGAGAGCUGCUCCGUCUUAUCAAAGUUUCGCCGCUGCCUUAGUGUCAAGAGCGGGCGACGAGCUGAAGGGCGGCUUUACCAGCGGCGUGCACAGGGACCUGGGAUUGUAUUUGCCUGCCAUGGAGAAGCAGCUGGCCAUCCUAGAUGCGCUGUAUGAAGAAUACAACCUGGAGUCUGAUGAAGUGGUGUGAAACUUGGAACAGACAGAGGAAGCACAGAACCUGACCGCACGGGCAGAGUAGUGGCUGACCGCUGAAGGAGGGUGCCAGAUGCAUCAAGUGCAUCUUGUUUACAAAAUAAUGAAGCGUGUCAGUGUGAGGUGGUUGUUAAACUCUAGGACAGUGGAGGGUCGAGGUUUGAAGAAGGUAUUCAUGUCUGUAUUUAGGAGCAAGCAUUACAAUUAAAGACAUUAUUGUUUGACAAAAUGUAGUUCCUAGGUCUUGUUUAAAAGACCAUUGACAGCGUAGGGUUUUUUAGCCCUAUUAUGCAGACAACCUGCCAUAAUGAUUCGUUUGAUGAUAGAUUUGUUUCUGGUGCACACUGUGGCUGUAUUGUGUGUGUGUUUUUUGUUUUUUUGUGUACAGGUACAUAAACACAAGUUAUUUGGCUCUAGUGACUUCCCUAGAUAACCAUUUAUGAUUUCCCCUAAAGUAAUUUAUAAUCAAGAUUGUCCUUGUUUCUGCGGAUUUAUGGAAUGAGGUCCUACUUACAACUAAGCAUUAUUUGGACAAAAGCUAUGUCGGAUUGUUCCGAUGCCCAAUAUGUAUGUGAUGGAGUUGCAUACUGGGCUAACUUUAAGCAUUUGGGGUAAAAAA